UAUAUAUAUAUGACAUAUUUUGACUAAUUUGAUGGGGAGUUAUUCGCAUUCUUUUCAGAUCCUAAAUAUUCGGACCCGAUACAGACCCAAAAAUUAUAGGUAUUUUAGAGACUCAUACCUGAAAACUUACAAGUACCUAUUGGAAAUGUUUAGGACCCAAAGGAUCCGUACCCGAAAAGAACCGGCCUGAAACCAACCUGAAGACCCGAACGCCCAGGCCUACCCUCGAUCUAUUGCAGCUCUAUGAUACACCGGGUUAAAGUUGUUCAAAACAAAUCUCUUCUUGCGGUUUCAAAAUUUGGAAAAAUACUCUGCAAUGAGAUUUUAUUAUGCAAAAUGCAUUUUAUUUUAUUUCUUUUGAAAAGUACACUUUUUCUUAAGUUAAAUGACUAAAUUAUCCUAACUAAAAUAUAUAGUUACAUUAAAAUUUUAAACUUCUAAAUAUUUUAAUUAAACGACAAAUAAUAAUAGGAAAAAGAUGAAAAACAAUCAUAGUUGAUGAAACAAUCUUUUGUAUAAACAAAUUUCACUUUUUUUAUGAUUCAGUGUCCUUGGGCUUUAUAAGUUUUACGUACAAACUUUCCCUCAAUUGAAUUUUUUUUCUAAAUGUUUCCAAAAUUUCAAAUCAAAGUACAAAAAAUGACAAUGAAGCUGCAAAUUUACAGCAUAGAACUCAUAUCUUAUCGAUCUGCUUCAUCAAAAACAAAAUAAGAAACCUAGGCAAAAUAAGUAACCAGAUAGAGACGUAAGUAUCAGUUUAUGGUAAGUUCUUUUUCUCUCGUAACACAGAAUCCAAUUUAACCCAGAGAUUCUCCUUGAUUACGACCAGUGAUGCUGAGGGUCGGGAGACAGAGUUGUGGAGACGGGAAUUUCUUUCCUUCCAAAUUGCAUAGACAGAGUUGUUACGAAUUUCAGAAUCAAGUCAACAUUUUUGUCCCUUAGUUGAAAUUUAUUAUAUACAAAUGACCAAUUCACCAAUUUAUGAACACAUGAGUUCUCUAUCACUUGUCAAUGUUUUGUUACUAGUUUUAUGAUCAUUUAGUGGAGAGAAAAGUUUUUCAUAUAUGCAAAUUUGGUGAGAUGAUAAAUUUUAACAUAUAAAAUCUUAUAUUAUGUAUAAGGAAAGUGAUAACUUAGUUACGUAAAAUUUUCUGUUUAUAUAAGAUUUAUAGAUUUUUAAAAAGAUAAACAUUGAUAUAUUUUUAAAAGAUUUAUCCAAUUAUAUAUUUUUUAUUAGAUCAUUAAUAUAUUAUCUAAUAAUUUUGAAAUUUAUUUUUAGUCAAUAAAGGAUAAUAUUUAACUUUAUCAUGGUCAAAAUGUCUUUUUACAUAAAUGAUAAGUGUAAUUUUCAAAAACAAAUAACAUCAAUGCAUUUUUCAAAUUUGAAAACAUAAAUAGAGUAUUUUCCCAAUUAUCCCCUAAUACUAUACUAAAGAAUAAACAAAAUGAAGACUUGAAACCAUGUUAAUGGAUGUCAAACAUAGAACCAUUAACCAAAAGACCUAGAGUAACUCAUUGUUUUAUACUUACAAAUCUAGUUUUUAAAAUUUAACAUGCGUCAUGUGACACCCCUACCUUACAAGUAGGUCCGCCUCUGGUUGUGCAUAUGUUGCAGCUAAGGCAUACUAGUUGCUUUAUUUGUUGCAUCUUAUUACACAAAGCACUCCAUUAGGUUUUGCAUCAUAUUCAUCAUGGCGACUAGAUCUCCAACUGGUGGACCUGUCUGGUCCACCGGUUUGAGUGUCAUUUUUUCCGGUUAUCUCAAUUUUUCUUGGAGUUGAUUUCUAAUUUCUCACAGGCGCCGCUAUUUGUUGAAUCUGAAUUAUCUGAAAUACGUUUGUUUAGAAAUCAAAGGCGUAGAGCGAUGAAAUCGUUUAAGAGAAAUGAAUUUGGCAAGAUUAAGCUAAAUCUAUGAAAUCUUAAUUGUUAUGCCGACUUCUGUGUGUUUUGUGUUUUUUUUUUCUCUUUUUGAGAGUCAUCCUGUUUUUAUAGUCGAACUCGGUAGCUUUUUUUUUUCUUAAGUUCACUUGGAUUUCCUCGACUUUCUCUCUUCUUAUCUGAGACGAGUACAGUUAUCUUGAAACAUGUUGAAGAUAGCAGUCCAUCACCAACGAAUAUGAUUCAUUAUGAACACAUAAUAAUCAUGUUUCCUUUUCCAGAUCUGGGUGGACGGAAAAUGAUUUUUUUUUUUUGACAUCGAACGGCCAUUCUAUUACUCAAGCUUGAGGUGGUUUGGGUAACCAGACUAAAAUAGAACAACCAAUAAAAAAUAACUCCCUAUGAAAGGUCCUAGCAGUUUUAAAUAAAUAAAUUAGAAAACUGGCUGUGCACUCGUGGCACAUGGGUUCCAUGUGAUUAUGAUUUUCUAUUUAAAACUAUGAACUGUAUAUUCGUCAGUCAUAACUCAUAAGGUUGGUAUCUUUUAAUUAGCUUAUAUUUUAUGAUUUGUGCGCAUAACGUGGGAGAUUAAAAUAUGCAGCGAUAUUUCACUUUUAAAUUUGAACGUGCUCCACUAAAAUUUAGAAAAAUACUAUAAUCCGAUAGACUAUAAAAUAGUAAGCAAAGGGAACAUAACAUGUUAUACAACUUUGUUUCUCAAAAUACAAAAAAAAAAAGAAGCUUUUCCUUGUAGAAGGUCAACGGGCAGAUCCAUGGCGAUGUCUAAAAUCCAACCUGUGCUUCUUCUAUUCGUAUCACUUUUCUUUUUACCUGCUUUAUGUUCCAUCGAUUAUGAAUACUGUGACAAAAGUGGAUACGAUUUCGGUAAUGUCAGUUAUGUUGAUAUCACGCCCAACCCCGUUGGGAAAGAGGACAAGGCAACCCUUAUGAUAUUCGGUUUUGCAAAAAAUAGCAUCCAUGGAGGAUAUGUAGGGGUGUCUGUUAAAGCAGGAGAAUCUACUUACAAUGUCGCUCGGUACCCUCUCUGUGUGCUGGUUCCUGGAUGCUAUAUUAAAGCCGAAAGCAAAUUUUUUUUACCUCUUAAAAACCUACCUCAUCAUUUUAUUGAGGAUGAGUCCAAAAAUGUGUAUUCCAUUAAACUGGUUGAUACAGAUGUCGGAUUAAUUGAAGCGCCAAUAGUAAGAAUGUGUGUCGAAUUCGAGUUACCUACUUCAGCUCCCACAUUGAUAUCUGCUUAGUCAAGUUAGUGGGUGGAUACUCGUGUCCUUUCAAAUCCUUCUAUGAUUAUGUACUUGUAUCUUUUCCAUUUCUAUGCACUGUGUAACAAAUAAAGAAAAUCCUGCACCAAAAAUAAUAUCUUUGUUUUAGUUUUGGAUUUUUUUUUUGGGAAAAUUGUUUUUUUAGAACAAAAAAAUAAUAACUAUGUCCCUUUAGACUAAUCCCAUAUACUUUAUGUCUCAUUAGGCUAAUUAUUUUCAAAAUAACAAUAAUGUCCUUAAAAUUGUAAUUUUUAAAUAUAAUAAAUAAUGAGUUCGAUCAAGCGGGAUCGAUCGAUCCGAAAUUACAAGGUCGAACGGAUCGAUCCUGAUCAUUAUGCAGAACAAAAAAAACUGCGGAGCAUAUACUGAUCGACCUUGUCCAUUUCACUCUAUCGGCAAAGGUCGAUUUCAUACAGAUCGACCGAUCUCGAAUUAUAGACCGAUCGAUCUGUGGAAGCAUAGAUAUGAAUCAUGGUAGAAGUAAUGUGAAAUUUUUGUGAACAUUUUGUGAACAAUCAAUGAAAUAUAGAAGACGGCGUGAGAAGAAGGU